UGUAUUUUCGCAAAUGAUAAUAAUUUAUUAGUCUCUUUUUCAAUGCUCUCAUAAAUAUGUAUACCUCUCCAUAUAUAUCCACGUUUUUUCCAAUUCUUUCAUAGCCUAGCUAUAAUAACGAAAGAGAAAAAAUAAAUAAAAAUAAAAAAAUCACAAAAAGAAAAUUAUAGUAUAAAAUAGGGUUGGCUCUUACAACAAUCUUCACAAUAUUCUUUAUAUCAAAUUAAAAUCUCUUUAUCUAUCUCCCUCUUUCGAUAACAUUCUCUCUCUCUCUCUCACUCUCACUCUCACUAUAUAUUUAUAUAUAUAUAGAUAUAUAUAUAUACAUAUAUGAAAAUGGAAAGUAUGCAAAUUUUGGAGAACAAAACAAUUCUAAUUACUGGAGCCACUGGGUUUCUUGCUAAACUAUUUGUGGAAAAGAUACUAAGAGUAGUACCAAAUGUGAAGAGGCUCUAUCUUCUUCUAAGAGCUUCGGAUAGCAACACAGCCAGACAACGCAUGCAUUCUGAGGUUAUAGGAAAAGAAGUGUUUAGGGUUUUAAGAGAAGAACGAGGCAAAGAUUUUGAUGAGUUUAUAAAUGAGAAAUUAAUAGCAGUGGCUGGAGACAUUGCUUAUGAAGACCUAAGAAUUGAAGAUGUUAAUUUAAGGCACCAACUGUGGGACAAUUUGGACAUUAUUCUAAAUUCUGCAGCCACGACUGAUUUUUAUGAAAGAUAUGACGUUUCACUGGCAAUUAAUACAAUGGGAGUGGUGCAUAUGUUGAACUUUGCCAAGAAAUGUCUUAAACUAAAGACUUUUCUUCAUGUCUCUACUGCUUAUGUGUGUGGAGAAGUGAAAGGAAUUAUACAAGAAAAGGCCUUUCAAAUUGGCGAGACACUUAGGCAAAAUUGUCCCAAACUUGAUUUUGAAGUGGAAAAACAACUUGUAGCACAAAAAUUGUAUCAACUUCAUGAGCAAGAAGCUUCAAAAGCUGCAAUUACAACCGCAAUGAAAGAGCUUGGCAUUCAAAGGGCAAAAGUAUUUGGUUGGCCAAAUACAUAUGUGUUUACUAAAGCAAUGGGAGAAAUGUGCUUAGAACAAUCCAAAGAUGAUCUGAUCUCCAUCACUAUCAUACGUCCAACUAUGAUUACCAGUACAUACAAAGAACCAUUUCCUGGUUGGAUUGAAGGUUUGAGAACUGUUGAUAGCGUAAUUAUUGGAUAUGGAAGAGGUAAAGUUACGUGCUUCUUGGGAAGUCCCACGUUGAUACUUGACUUGAUACCAAGUGACAUGGUUGUAAAUGCAAUUAUUAUGGCAAUACAAGCUCAAGAAAAAAAGCCAUCUGGAAUUAUUUACCAAGUUGGAUCUUCAAUGAGAAAUCCUCUAAAUAUAUCUCAGAUAUAUAAUUUAAGUUUUCGUUACUUCACUAAACACUCAUUGGUUAAUAAGGAAGACGGAAAGCCCAUCAGAGUUGGCAAGUUGACACUCUUCAAACACAUCACUACUUUUCGAAUGUACAUUGCAAUUCGAUUUGCAUUACCAUUGAAGAUAUGGAACCUAAUAAAUAGAGUAGCGAGUUUUGGAUAUAACAAGGAGAAGCACAUUAAAAACAUGAGCAAACUCAAGACAGUAUUGCAUUUGGUUCAACUCUACAAACCCUAUGUCUUAUUUAACGCCAUAUUUGACGAUAUAAACUUGGAAAGGCUACGACAAGAAGCAAAGGAUGAGAAACUCAUUGAAGCAUUUAAUUUUGAUCCAAAGUGUAUAGAUUGGGAAGACUACAUAAUCAACACUCAUAUUCCUGGCCUCACAAAAUUCGUCUACAAAUGAUUUAUUAUUAUUAUUAUUAUUAUUAUUAUUAUUAUUAUUAUUAUUAUUAUUAUUAUUAAAUUAAUAAUGUUUAAUAUUAUUAUAUGUAAUAAGUGAUUAUGCAAAUUGUUUGCGGAAA